AUGCUGGGGUCAUUCCUUACUACUCUCGCUCUCGCGUCCCUCGUUUCUUCCCGCACGACAUGCAAGUGCACGUACGAUCAGCCAUGCUUCCCAUCAAAACAGCAGUGGGACUCCUUCAGCAAGCAGCUCAGCCAGCCGGUUAUCCAAGACCAGCUGCCUCUGGACGCCGUAUGCUUCCCCAACUCACCGGCGUACAAUGAAGCCAGAUGUGCGGAGGUCACAGCGCACGUCGUCGAUCCUCCCUUCCUCACUUCCCAGCCUAAUUGUCUGGGCUUCGUCAACCUGGAAGCCCUGGUAGUGAAUGGGAGCGUUCAGUACUGUCCUCGGCCGUAUUAUCCUGGCGAAACGACUUGUGAUCAGGGUCGUAUCCCCAAAUAUGUCGUCAAUGCGACCACUACUCAGGACAUCAAGAAGACCCUGCAGUUCGCUACCCAACACAAUCUCCGGUUGGUUAUCCGGAACACAGGGCACGAACUCUUAGGUCGCUCUGGAGGUUCUCAGGCGCUGGAGCUCUCCCUGCACAACUUCAAGAGCAUUGAAUUCAAAGACAGCUUUGUACCCGAAGGCGCUCCAAGGGGCACGCAAGGCCAGGGAGCCGUAACUAUUGGUUCAUCCGUGCAAUGGUUUGAAGUCUACGCCGCUGCAAACGCGCGAAACGUGUUCGUGCCCGGUGGUUUCAGUCCCGACGGUACUGUCGGUGCCGCCGCGGGCUGGGUUCUUGGCGGUGGACACAGUGUCUUGUCUCCUUUCUACGGCCUCGGUGUCGACAACGUGCUACAAUUCACCGCGAUCACCCCCACCGGCCAAUCCGUCACGCUGAACAAGUACAAGAACCCUGACUUGUUCUGGGCUUUCCGCGGCGGCGGAGGACCUAGCUUCGGGAUAGUCACUUCCACAACCUACAAGACACAUCCCAACCCUCCGAUCACCGCCGUCUUCUACGUCGCCACGGCCGCCACCAAGGACGCGUACACCACGCUGCUGACGACAUGGAUGUCGAUGCACAACCAGAUCGCCGAUGCCGGCUGGUCUGGUGUCUGGCCGUUCCUCGCCAACACCUUCUACCUGACUUUCUUCAGCCCGGGCGACCCUCCGACCAACCCUGCUGCCAACGCCACCAUGGAGGCCUUCUUCGCUGCGUCCAGAAACAUCUCCGGAGUGAACGUCACCCUCGCCAUGACCAAGGUGUACCCCAACUUCCAGCAAUGGAACCUUGACAACCUCGUCAACUCGCAGAACGGUUACGGGUUCAACUGGACAGCUGGGAGCGCGAACACUACGGCGACCUCAUCUUGGCUCAUGCCGCGCAACCUUACUUCCCCAGAGAACGCGAAGCUCCUGGGUGGAAUCUUCGCCAACUUAAGCGUUGCUGUCCCCUACAUGGUUGCAGGUGGCGAGGUCGCGAAGGUAGACCCCGAUGAGACGGCGGUUACACCUGCUUGGCGCACGGCUGUUUCUGACAUGACCGUUCUGCCCGGGUUCGUCACCGGCGGUGAGGACGCCUUGACUGUCGAUGCCCUCAACAAGAUGUACCAGAGCGCCUACGAUCAGAUCCAGCCUCUGCGUGAAUUGGCGCCUCCUCCAUUGGGUGGACAGUAUCUGAACGAGCCUGAUAUGCUCGAGCAGAACUGGCAGGCAGCUUACUGGGGUGAUGCGCACUACGCACGUCUUCUCAAGAUCAAGAAGCAGGUUGACCCGCAUGAUCUGCUCCUGGUGAAGAAGGGUGUCAACUCUGAAGGGUGGGAUGAUGAGCUUCUCUGCAAGACCACAUAACUAUAACGUAACUUAUUCAUUUCACUCUCGGGGUACAGAAUGCGGGCAAACAAUCUAUUUAUUACUUCAAUCUGCGGACAGUCCGAUACUACGUAGGGUACGUCGAGCUUGUGCUUGUAAUUUCUAUAGUACGCUUGUGUAUACGAGCAUCCUCUCGUUACGUGUCUCGUCAUGCAACUCAAAGAGUUCCAC